CAUUUGUCAACUGUACACCUCAUGUACGAGUACUGUUCAUGUCCUGCCAGACUUUCAGUACGAGGUGAACGCGCGUCGCGAACAAAGUGAACAAAGAAACCAAGUACAUUUACCUAAAAAAUUCAAAUAUUUAUCGCUCACUGACGUUAUUAUCACCAAAUUCUGUUUAUCGCCACAAUAUAUAUUAUCGUCGAGAUUAAAAUCGAUUAAAAUCAGUUUUCAGUCUAGUCAAGUAUAAAAUGCACGGGAGCAUAUGUUAGAUCACGCAGUGAUCAUUCCCCAACGUAGUUUUUAACAAGUUUUAUCGUGUUUUUCGUUGUUUUUUGGUUACAAAAUGAGUGCUAAUAACGGUGUGAGAACCGACGGAAGUGCGUUUUCCGCCAUUGUUAAAAGCCUCGACGCCAAUAAGUAUGCGACGAAGAAAACCAUCGCUCAAGGUUUGCUGGACGUCGCUCUGCUCACGGCGAAUGCAUCCCAGUUGAAAUACAUCCUGCAAGUUGGCGAGAAGCAUGAAUUCUACACGUUGAUGCUUACGCUGAUCAUCGUCUCCAUCGUUCUACAGGUGAGCGCAGCCUUCCUGUCAAUGACAACGCAGACACUGCAGCAUUCCGACGACGAACAGCGCCAGUUUAUCGGCAGUGUACUGAACCAAGUCGCGUUGGGAUUCGUCACCGGAGCGCUGUUCUGCGACGUGAUCAAAAUGAAUUUCGGUCUAGAUCCGGCACUCGCCUUCAACGCCACCGCAACACCCACACCGCAAAAGUCAAACUAUUAAAACUAUUAUUUUAUGGCAUUUUCUACGCAUUUCGUGUGUUUACAUUUAUUUGCUCAAUGUUGAUCAUAUUUUUAUUGAUUUAUAUCUUCAUUUCUUUGUUUUAAUUCGAUUUAUUUUUUGUUUUAUUUUGUGGCACUUGCACAAUCACAAAAUGGCACCUGCAGCUCAUCCAAGGCAUUGUGUGCGUGUUCGUCGGCACCGGCGUCGAUUUAUACGAGCAACAAGAUGCCAAGAAGGCGAAUCUA